GUCAAUCAGACGGGAGAGUUUGGUCGCAUCCUCUAUGCACGCUAGUCGCCAUAAUAAAUUCAUCAACAUGACACCUGUUAUUAAAUUAAAAAACAAAAAUAAUUUAAAUAUAUCUCCAUUAAAUUUAAAUGCAAACAUGAUUUAUUUCAAUAACGAUCUUCACGGUCAAGAGGAAAAUCCUAUAAAACCUAUACAAGACUAUUCAAACAUCAAUAAUCAAAUAUUGAUUAAUAUAAGUAACGUAUCAGCUAGUUUUAAUGUGAAAUCGCAUUUAAAUCUCAGACAUAUAGCAUUGCAUGGUCACAAUGUGGAGUAUAGACGUGAAAAAGCGAAACUUAUAAUGAAGUUACGUAAGCCAAGUACUACAGCAAAUAUAUGGUCGAGUGGAAAAAUAGUUUGUAUUGGUUCAGCAUCUGAAUAUGAUUCAAAAAUAGCUUCAAAACGUAUUGCUAGGAUUAUUCAAAGACUGGGACAUGCUGAAGCAAAAUUUAGUGGUUUCAAAAUUGUCAAUGUUCUUGGUUCAUGUAGCUUGCCAUUUUAUAUCAGAAUUAUACAAUUUUCCGAAAAAUACAGAUCAAAUUCUCAAUAUGAACCUGAGUUACAUCCUGGCGUCACUUAUAAAAUUAAAGCUUUUAAAGCUACAUUAAAAAUAUAUUCUACUGGUAGCAUAACUGUAAAUGCUCCGAGUGAAGCAAUUGUUAAACUUGCCAUUGAACACAUAUAUCCUUUAGUGUUACCAUUUGGGCGAAACAAGUUAUUGGACGAUAAGUAUCUUGUAGGAGUAACUGGAGAAAUCAAAUACCGCGAACAAAAUAACAGAAUAUUGGAAUCCACAAGUCAAUUGCCCAUAUUAUGUCAUAGCCCCGUUGGAGAAUUGAUUAAAAAUUGGUAACUGAAUUCUUUGCCCUUUGGUAUCUAAAAUAGACAAAAAGUAGACAAAAAUAAUGAUAUUUUAUUAUAUUACAUUCUGUAAACUCUAAUAGCUUUUCUUCUACCGUUACAAUUAACCUAUG